ACCAUCGAUCUUUGUGCCGCUCCCGGCGGUUGGAUGCAAGUCGCCGUCAAGAAAGUACCCGUCGGCAGCCUUGUUGUAGGCGUAGACAUUGUUCCCAUUAGGCCAAUUCGCGGUGCAAUUGCUGUACAAGAAGAUAUUACGACGCCAAAGUGUAAAUCAACAAUUAAAAGAAUUAUGGCUGAAAAGGGUGUUAGAGGGUUUGAUUUGGUAUUACAUGAUGGGUCUCCUAAUAUUGGUGGAGCUUGGGCUAUGGAAGCUACUCUGCAGAAUGCUUUGGUCAUUGAUUCUGUUAAGCUUGCUGCUGAAUUCUUAGCUCGUAAUGGAACUUUUGUUACUAAGGUUUUUAGAUCUCAAGACUAUAAUGUUGUUCUUUACUGUCUAAGACAGCUUUUUGAGAAGGUUGAGGUGGAUAAACCUUUAGCAAGUCGUUCGGAAUCUGCAGAAAUAUAUAUUAUUGGUUUAAAAUAUAAGGCCCCUGCUAAGAUUGAUCCUCGCCUUCUUGAUAUAAAGCACCUCUUUCAAGGGGGUAAAGAACCUCCUAAGGUAGUCGAUGUACUAAGAGGGACGAAACAGAAGAGAUACCUGAAGGGGUAUGAAGAUGGGGAGAUACUCUUAAGGAAGGUCUGCUCUGCUGCCGAUUUUGUGUUGUCUGAUAUCAAGAGCCUUGGUUCAGUUACUUCAAUAACGUUUGAUGAUCCUGCUUCUUUACCAAUGAGAGAUCAUCCGCUGACGACACAAGAGGUUAGAACACUAUGUGAGGACUUGCGUGUUCUGGGGGAGCAAGACCUCAAACAACUUUCAAAGUGGCGUAAGCUUAUGAGGAAAGCUUUGGCUCCUUCAGAGAAAAUUAGUAAUCUGGAAGCGGUAGUUGAAUGUGAGAGCGAAGAGGAUGAAGAUAAAAGACUUGUUGAAGAAAUGGAGGAGUUGAAGGAUACUGCACUGAGAAAAAAGAAAAGAGAAAAAAGGCUUCUAGCUAAAAGACUAGCCAAGGACAAAGCACGCGAGGUGUUGGGUAUGCAAUCAGAUGCAACGGAAGAUGGUUAUGUUGAUCAGGAGCUGUUUUCUCUAACAUUGAUAAAGGGUACGAGAGAUGUCGAAACUGUUGAUGACAAUGAAUGUGAUGAUGAAACUGCUGAAGUAAACAGUGAAGAUGAUGAAAAUGACGGGGAAGCCCCGGAAAAUGCAUCUAGCGAUGAGGACUCUGAAGAAGAGCGCAGAAGACGUAACGAUGAAAUAGAGAGGUUGGUUGAGGACCAAAAUGAAAGGUAUAUGGCUCGAGCGGAAAGAAAACUAAAGCGGAUAAAGCGAUCCAAAAUAUCGUACUUGGAUGAUGGUAAACUCUUGCAGGGUAGUGAAGAAGAUGGUAUGGCUCAUUCUGCUCAAGAGUCUGACAUUGAUAUGGGAGAGGAUGAAGCAAAUCCUCUAGUCAUACCUCUAGAAACCGCUCCAUCUCAAGAGGAGGUUAUAAAAACAUGGUUUACUCAAGAUGUUUUUGUGGAACCGGAAGAGCAAGAAAUGUUGGACAAGUAUAAUGGCGACGAUGAAAUGCUAAUAGAUCGAGUAGGAGAAAGUGUCCCAAAUUCUAAGACACAGACUAAUGAAGAGUUGGUCCAAAUCCCAGCAUCUGAGACAGUAGAAGAUUUUGAGAUUGUUCCUGCACCAUCUACAGAUUCAAGUGAUUCGUCGUCUGAUGAGUCAGAUGAAUUAGGUGAGGAUAGCGACAGAAAGGCUGAAAUAGUGGCUACAGCAAAGAAGAUAAUUUUGAAAAGGCGGAGAGAGGAAAUGAUGGACGAUGGUUACAAUAAGUAUAUGUUUCACGAUGAGGGGUUGCCAAAGUGGUUUGUGGACGAGGAGCAGAAGCAUCGACAGCCAAUAAAACCAGUGACGAAAGAGGAAGUUGCUGCAAUGAGAGCUCAGUUUAAAGCAAUCAAUGCUCGUCCUGCAAAGAAGGUAGCAGAAGCCAAAGCACGAAAGAAAAGGGCUGCUCAGAGAAAGCUAGAGAAAAUUCGGAAGAAAGCUAACUCGAUAUCAGACCAAGCAGAUAUUUCUGAUCGCUCAAAGACAAGAAUGAUCGAACAGCUUUACAAGAAGGCAACACCUAAAACACCAGGAAAAGAAUAUGUAGUGGCAAAGAGGGGUGUUCAAGUGAAGGUUGGCAAGGGGAAAGUUCUUGUUGAUCGACGAAUGAAGAAGGAUGCAAGAAGGCAUGGAAUGAGCAAGCAGGGUCCAAAGAAGGGAGCACAAAAACUGAAAGUUCAACGGAAGGCUUCAACAACAGGCAAGAAAGGGAAGUUGAUAUAAACAAAAUUGGGAUCUUCAGGAUCUUGCCAAACAUAAAUUAACUCGAAAAAUGUUCUUUUACGUUGUUUAGUAUCCCAAAUGCAAAACCAACUUAUAUACUGGAGAUUGGAGCACCUGUGUACGAACUUCCAGUAUAUUAUGCUGGAAUAUUUUUCGGAUUUUGAAAAGUGACGAAAUGCUGAUAACUCUACCGAUUAUGCGAA